AUGGCGAGCCACGAUCGCCCUUCCGCCUCGGCGGCGACGAAAGACCGGAGACCAACGCCACUCGACCGUCGUCGCCUGUCGAAUGUCGAGUUCCCAUCGGCACUGCCAUCGCCAACAUACUAUCCCGAGCACCAGCCUCAGCCACCGGUGCUGCCCAAACGCUCUCAGCGCUUCUUUGCACUCGUGCUCAAACCAGUGGUCCUGCCGGCCCUUGCGCUCGCCCUGCCAGCAUGGCCGUUGCUCGCAGCUGCGUGCGCCAUCCCCAUCAUCGGCGUCAUGGCCAUCCCGAUCCUGCUGCUCAUCUCGGUGCUGCUGCUCUACGCCGUCGCCUGGAUCUGCUACCUCUUCCUGGCGCAAAAGGACUUGCCCGCCACAUGGACCAACGCCCACCGUUGGUCGCCCAGGAACUUCUGCCCCUUCCUUCCGCUCAACCCCAUCCGCUGCGCCAAGGUCGACCUCGCCGCCUUCCGCUACACCGUCACGGCGUUCCGCAUCAUCUUCCCAGCCAUUUUUGAUUGGAGCUACCGACGCAUCAUGGUCAUUGGCACCACCAAGGGUUCGCGCGUCGUCAAGGAGGGCAUCCUCUACGGCAGCCCAUCGCGCGGAAAGCGUCUCGACGUCUACCUCCCUGCUGACGCUCCUUCGCCGCCGCAACACACAGGCCCUGAGGGCUUCCGAUCGACGAGUGCGCAGCAGCCUUCCAUGUCGUCCAACGGCGUGCCUGUCAUCGUCGUCAUCCCCUCGAUGCUUGGUCCGCUGACGGUCACGUCGAAGCGCAGGCUGUAUCUACAGCUCGCGCUGCGGCUGCGUCGCAUGGGCUACUGCGUCGUGGUGGCCGACAUCACCUACUAUCCCGAAUCGCGCAUCAAGUCGUCGAUCAUCGAUCUGCGCCUCGUGCUGCGCUGGACCGCCAAGAACUGCCAGCGCUACGGCGGCGAUGCGUCCAAGAUCUACGUGCUCGGCCACGGGCUCAGUGCACACCUCAUCAUGCUCACCAUCUCGCAGGAGGCCGUGGUGCUGAGUCGCGAAGGCCAUCUGGACCGCGCAUACGAGCGCGAGCGCCACAUGUUGCGCGCCAAGCACGGUGGUGGAGCCGAGGCGGCGUCGCAUGCGCGCAUGCACGGAUACGCGCGCGGAUACGGCGAGCACGACGAGGACGAGGAGUGGCUCAAGAGCGGCGAGGUGCGCAGCUCGGGCUCGCUGCGUCGGUCCGCCGUGCCCGCGGGCGCACACACGGACGCGCUGGAUGAAAACAACGACGAGCCCGUCCGGCUCGGCCUGGGCGAGACACGUCGCGGCAGUGGCGACGCUCUCGCCGCAGACACGAGCGCCGACCGUAGUGAAGGCUGGGUGGACGAGGCGGACGAGACACCGUCUGCGCCGCCAGGACACGUGAUGGGUGCCACGGCGCGCUUUGGUUCCGCGCCCGUGUCGUCAUCCACAACGGCGCGCAAGGCGGAAGAGGCAGCGUCGAUUCUGGGCUCCGACGCGUACCGCAAGGCGGAAGAGGAGGUGGGCAACGGUCUGCGUCGCGUCGAGAUCUACGAGCCCGAGGUGGAGCUGCCUGCGAUCGCAGGUGUGAUUCUGCUCAGCGGGAUCAGCGAUGUCAUCAAGGGCUUCCGGUCCGAAUCCGAGCAUGGGCUCGAGCAUCUCAGCUACCUGCGCAGGGCCACGGGACCGUCGCAUUUCAACUGCCUCAUCCACUCGCCCGCCCACCUGCUGUAUGCUGCCAAGAACAUCGUCGACACCAGACUGCUGCCGCCCAAAUUCCUCCUUGUUCACGGUGGCAGGGAUAAUGUGGUCCCGGUCGAGCAGAGCACGCUCCUCAAAACGCUGCUCGUCGGUAUCGGCGUCCAGCAGGUCAGACUCAGGGCGUAUAGGAACCUUGCGCAUGCAGAGUCCAUUGCCUGCCUCUUCCUCGGCAUCGGCAGGGCGAAUACGAGAUACACCAGGCAGAUCUCCGAGGAUAUCGCCGCUUUCGUCGGACAGUAA